AUGCUAUCAUCGGAGAUUGCAUUUGUCUCUCAGACCUCACUGUCGCUCUCAAGCUCGCUAGCACCUUCGGCAGCCAUGCUGCAACCUACUAGACGCUUCCCUAGCAGAAUCCGAACUAGUCAGCAAACUCGAUCCUUCCGAUUCGGUCUCUGGUCAUAUCUUGACCCAGCUAGUCAGAAAGAGCUACAGCAUCACCAUCGAAUUUCGAAACAUAAAUACAAUGAGUUGCUGAAUCAAAAUGUCUCUUGGAACCGCAAGCUACGGAAAUCGUCAAGGCAUCUAGGCCUCAAGGGCUUCAUGUGUAGUGCCUGGCAGAGACAAGAUGUAAGGCCAGGUGGAAGAUGGACCAGAACUAGCCCACUUGAUGAUGUUGAUGGCGGGCCACGGAAGACUUCACAGAAUCGUGCUGAGGACCCUAGGAGUGAUAGUUUUGAACAUAUCCUCCACCAUAGCGCUGCAGCGCGCAACCUUCGAAAAGCUACAUCUCGCAUAUUCAGCUCUCCUAUAUUUCCAUUUGACGUACAAGAGUCUGGGGCGGAUGCUAAGCGUGCUAGCGCCUCUGAAGCCUCAUCAAAUGGUAGGAAUGAGGGUUUGGACUACAUGAUUGACCCAAUAACGAACAAAAAGGUACUCAAAGAGUCCAUGGCCAGCCCAGAAAAUUCUACCCGCAAGUCAAUUCCCCUUCCUAUGAAGACAUUCAAGGAAUAUCAGUCCCAAUUUCAGCGCUUCGCACCUCCCAAUAAACCAGAGGCUACUAAGGAUGGGUUUGAAGCAUAUGAUGCUGAAAUGUCAUAUGAUAAGCCAUUUCUGGCGUAUGAACCUGAUGGAAAACCUCAAGAAACGCCCGAUCCAGUACAAGAAGGGCUCAAGGCAUAUGAUUCUGAAAUGUCUUAUGACGAGCCAUUCACCGCUUACGAGCCAGAUGGAAAACCCCAAGAAACGCCUGAUCCAGUACAAGAAGGCCUCAAAGCAUAUGAUUCUCAAAUUUCUUAUAACAAGCCGUUCACUGCUUACGAGCCAGAUGGGCAGCCUCCAGCAAAAGAAAUGCCAGAUCAAGUACACAAAGGGCUUAAAUCAUACGAUUCCAAGAUCUCAUAUGACAAGCCAUUCAUGGCAUAUGAACCAGAUGGACGGCCGCCAACGCAAGAAUCCACCGACCCGGUUCAACAAGGACUUAAGACCUACGAUGAGGUGGCAUCUUACAAUAAGCCAUUUGUUGCAUACGAACCGGACGGAAAACCUCCUACGCAAGACCCGUUAGGUUUGACACAGAAGGCACUCGGGGCAUUUGACUCUAAGGCACCCUACAAAAAGCCGUUUCUAGCGUACGAACCUGACGGACAGGCACCUCCACAGCAUGAAAAGCUAGGCCCAGUGCAACAAGCUGUCAAGUUUUAUUACGAUGGCGCUAAUAAAAAGUCUCGUGUGAACCAUAAUCAGCCAAAUGGACAGCCCUUCGUGCAUUGGUCCAGCGAUGUGCCGGCUGCUUCGAAACAUUUAAGGAACCAUAAGCAGAAAAGCAAAGCUGAGAAGCGAGCCAUGCGUCAAAAAUUAGAUAGAGAGUUCGACAACCUGCAAGAAACCCAAGAGUAUAUUCCCGAAGAGGCCGCCGCCAUGGAGAAAGUCAAGCAAGCCCGAGCGCUUGCGGCCGAGGACGAGGCACCACUCCAUACAGCACCUCGGGAAAUGACUGGAAACUUUGCCCGGGACUUUCCGCAAGAUUUCGAGGCUACUUGGAUUGCUACAAGGGACGAAUCCGGUAUGGUGGUUCCCAAAAUAGAAAGCACUGCAGAAGAUUAUAACAUUUCCACGAAAGAUAUGGAACAAGCUGAACUACAAGAUGCCGACAGAAGGGUUCAGAAAGCCGAAAAGGAAUUCAUGGAUCAUAUUAUACCCUGCGGAGGUUUGUCCGAAUCCUCAGAUUCAUCAAAGAUCCAGCCUUCUUUAGACCGUGUCGCCGCUCGAGAAAAUGACACCAAAGCAGUGCAAACUGCAACGCAUCUGUCAGCGCAACAAGAUCUACAAUCGAAAGGCACUGAAAACCCGCACGAUAUAGCUCUAGGCGAAGCUACUGUGCAGACACCAACACUAUAUAAAAUUCUUGCAUAUGAUCCGACCAUGCAAUCAAUUAGCAUUGCUGAAACAACAUCUAUCGUUACCGAUUCAGCAACCGCCCUCACACCCGCAGAGGUGUUGCUUCGUUUGUCCAACCCCACAAAAUACAUGCCACACUUUGAAUCCCUUCAAUCCGAGGGCUACGAAAUUGCGUCUGGCAGCGGUGAUGUACUCAUCUUCCGCAAGGUUCGGGAAGGAUCGCCGCAAGAACCCAGCAGCCCCCCGCCAGCGAGCGGUCGAGAACUGAAGAAGUCACCCAGGAACCCUAUCGACGGUAUGUACCCUGUUGUUGCAACAGGAAACUUUGCAAGCCCAACUGGUUUUGUCAAUUUGGACUUUCCAGAACCAACUGAAGACGAGCCUGCUUUCAAGUCCAACAUUGACGUUCGCCGAGAGGAACCUGUUUUUAGCGGUAAGCGUAACUGGCAGGACGAACAAGUCCCCAAAACAAAAAAGAGUGGCAGAGGGAAGCGGUUGUUGAUCGGUGGCGUUUGGGUUGCAGCUUGCUCGUAUGCUGUUGGGGUAGUAGCUGAGUUCUUCAAGACAGGUGGGAUGGACGGGACCGGCCCACAGGGGUUCUAG